AGGGAGUAACGGAUACAGCUCUGUUGGAGGGAGUGGCUGCGAUGGCCUCGUUUUCCUCCUCCUCCUCGUCAUCCCUGUCGCUGGCUGCGCUUGUGGGGGAGACGGUGAUGACGCCAUCGGGUCAGGCCAACGUCAUCUACCUGGCUGUGAAUGAGAGCAGCCCGGGCAGCCUGCUGCUGCAGCUGUGUGAGCUGCUGGCCACCACACCACUGCAGGGUUUGGUGUUUGAGGAGGAGAGGCCGCCGCCGCCGAACCGUGCCCCUCUGGCCCCCAUGCUGGAGUUCGUCUCUGCCCAGACGGGGGUUCCCGUGGUUGCUGUGGGGGGAGGGGCCAGCCUGGGACGAGAGCCACAGGAAAGUGGCUCCAUCUACCUCCAGUUCACCUGCGCCACUUCGCUCCAGCUCGAGGUCAUCUUCGAGGUGCUUGAAGAGUACGACUGGACCUCCUUCUCUGUGGUGACCACUCGUCACCACGGCUACGAGGACUUCCUGGCCAUGGUGGAGGGAAUGACGGACGGUUCAUUCAUUGGCUGGGAAAAGAAGAGCGUGGUGAUUCUUAACGUGACAGAUGACCCUGGCGGGGCCCGAACCAAACGGAUGCUCAAAGACAACGAAGCCCAGGUCCGCCUGCUGUACUGCUCCCUGGAGGAGGCCGAGCUGGUUUUCCGGGCAGCCUGGGCGGCGGGUCAGGCCGGGCCCAGUCACAUGUGGUUCGCCGUGGGACCUGCCCUGUCCGGCUUGGGCCUGGAGGGGCUGCCUAAGGCCUUAUUCGCCAUCCGGCCGCAGGGCUGGAGGGAUGAGCCACGGAGGCGCAUUGCCAAAGGCGUCUCUGUGCUCACCCACGGGGCGAUGGCUCUCCGGAGGGACCAGGGGGCCACCAGCCGGUCACAGUACGCUGGCAACUGCCAGAGCGACGGCAACCAGACCCACAGAGUGCCAGACAGAAUCAGGUACUUCACCAACAUAUCUAUUGGUGGACGGGACUAUUCCUUCAACAGUGACGGUUACCUGUCCAAACCACUGCUUGAUGUCAUCUCCUACACCAAUGGCAGAGGCUGGGAGGAGGUUGGUUGGUGGGAGAACGGCCACCUGCGUCUUCGUUACCAUCCCUGGUCUCGUUACGGCUCCUUCCUGAAGCCUCUGGAUGAUGCCCAGCACCUCCGAGUGGUUACUUUGGAGGAGAGGCCAUUUGUCAUUGUGGAACCGGCCGAUCCGGGUACCAGCUCAUGUAUCCGGGACUCUGUACCCUGUCGAAUGCCUGUGAACACCAGCUUGGUGGUGGAUGGCGCGGGGCCCAUGAAGCACUGCUGCAAAGGGUUCUGCAUCGACGUCCUAAAGCGACUGGCAAAAAUUGUGGGUUUCACCUAUGACCUUUACCUGGUGACCAAUGGGAGGCAUGGAAAGAACAUUGACGGGGAGUGGAACGGCAUGGUCGGAGAGGUGGUAUCCAACAGGGCUGACAUGGCCAUCGGUUCUCUCACCAUUAACGAAGAGAGGUCGGAGGUCGUAGAGUUUUCCGUUCCAUUCGUGGAGACUGGCAUCAGCGUCAUGGUUUCUCGCAGCAACGGCACAGUAUCGCCUUCAGCUUUUCUUGAGCCCUACAGCCCAGCGGUGUGGGUGAUGAUGUUUGUGAUGUGCCUGUCGGUGGUGGCUGUCACCGUCUUCAUCUUUGAGUUCUUCAGCCCCGUGGGAUACAACCGCAGCCUGCAGAGCGCCAAGAAGUCAGGAGGAUCUAAGUUCACUAUAGGGAAGUCGGUCUGGCUGUUGUGGGCGCUGGUCUUCAACAACUCUGUGCCUGUGGAGAACCCCAGAGGAACCACCAGCAAGAUCAUGGUGCUGGUGUGGGCCUUCUUCGCUGUCAUCUUCCUGGCCUCCUACACUGCCAACCUGGCUGCCUUCAUGAUCCAGGAGGAGUACAUCGACACAGUGUCAGGACUGUCAGAUAAGAAGUUCCAGCACCCGACGGAGCAGUACCCACCGCUGCGUUUCGGCACAGUGCCAAAUGGGAGCACGGAGGAGAACAUCCGCUCAAACUAUCCCAACAUGCACCAGUACAUGAUCCGCAACAACCAGAAAGGUGUGGAGGAGGCCAUUGACAACCUCAAGACUGGGAAACUGGAUGCCUUCAUUUAUGACGCAGCGGUGCUGAACUAUAUGGCCAGAAAGGACGAGGGCUGCAAGGUGAUGACCAUCGGCUCUGGUAAGGUGUUUGCCACUACAGGCUAUGGCAUCGCCCUGCACAAGAACUCCCGCUGGAAACGGCCACUGGACCUGGCUCUGCUGCAGCUGGUUGGAGAUGAUGAGAUUGAUAUGUUGGAGCGUCUCUGGCUGUCGGGUAUCUGCCACAAUGAUAAGAUCGAGGUGAUGAGCAGUAAGCUGGACAUAGACAACAUGGCCGGAGUCUUCUACAUGUUGCUAGUGGCCAUGGGACUCAGCCUCUUGGUAUUUGCCUGGGAGCAUCUAGUGUACUGGAAACUACGGCACUGUGUGAAGCGAUCUGGUGGCAUGGACUUCCUCUUGGCUCUCAGUAGGGGGAUGUACAGUUGCUGCCAGUUUGAGGAUGAGACAGCACCAGGAGGGAGCAAUUUACCCCAGUACCACACCAUGACAACCAUGUCUACGGCACCCCAACAACACCUUGUUACAGCCACAAUCAAUAACACGACUGCCAUUGCCAUGGUGCAGCAGCAACAGCAACAGAAGCACCACCAACAACAGCAACAGGGGCAGACCUACACCACCAUGCUACCCGGAUCGCCACCAACUACAGGACACUCAGCAAUGGCUCUGGGACCCUCAAACAGCCCCUUAUUAGAAGGCCCCAUGCCCUGCUCCACCUUUUUGCCUCGUCAUGACCGCAGACUUGCCGUGGUCGAUCGUUGGAACAGGCCAAAGCCAGAGAAAGUCAUGAGCGGAGGCAGUGGUGGAGGAGUGGGUGUUGGAGGGAUAGCAGGAGGGAUCAGUGAACUCCAGGCUCAGCAGCAAUAUCAGCAGAAUCUUGGACAGCACUGGACCCUGCAAGGAGGUGUCCCAGUUGGAGCAGGGGGAGGAGGUGACACAGGGCUAGAUGAAUAUAAGCGUUACUAUGGUCCUAUAGAUCCAGAGGGGCUAGGAGCUAACUCAGAACAACAGGCAGGGGGCCCCCAGCAGACUCCCAAAGCUAAUUCUCGAGGCCCAAAAGCCUUAGGCAUGCCACGUUUGCCUCCUAAAGGCCCCCAACAAGGCCCAGGGCACUUAAUCUCCAAGCCACCUCCACUGAUCCCCUCUUCCCCACGGAGGCCUCCUUUCUGGCGACGAGGAAGCCUUGUUCAGGCAAGGAGAAAAGGCUCAGGAGGUCCCCUGUAUGAGAAUAUACUCCCUCUGGGGAGGAGAGGAGGUGGGAGGUAUGGAGCAAGCGAUGGAGGUGGAAGGAGAGGGCGACGUCCUCCUCCACCUCCUCUGCCUGUCCCCCUUUCCUCCCCAACACACACCCCUACUACUCCCUCCUCACCAUGCCGUUUCUACUCCUCCUGCUCCAGUGCCUCGUCCUCUUCCUCUUCCUCUACAUCAUCGUCAUCCUCUUCUUCAUCCUCUGUCUCUCUCUCUAGGUCAAAUUCCCCCUCUUCUUGCUCAAGUGACAGCUCCUAUAACUCCUCGCUUAGUUUCCGGUAUCGAGCAGGUGACCGGGAUUUUAUGGUGGAUGAUGACUAUGACUCAGAUCUGCUUACAGAGGAGUCAAGCCUCCUCCUUGGGUCACGGAGGAAGAUUCGUUCCCGUCGUAUGUCAUCACGCUCACUGCCGUGCAGCCCACCACCUCCUCCAAUCCCACCCCGAAAGCCACGUCCUCAGAGGGAUUAUGGCAGAGAAAGAACAGGCAGCCAGCUGGCCCAAUUACAGGAGUGGUGGGCAUCGUGGGGUGACAGAGAGCGAAGGAGAAGUGGAACAACAAGCCGGGGAGAUGGAGGUGUGGGUAGAGAGGAGAAGAGGCACAACAAAGAGAGGGAGCGUGAGAGGAAGAGGAGGAAGAAGGGCAGAAAGAAGAAGAAGAGGGAAGAGAGAGAGAGAGAAAGGGAGCGAAAGCGCCGCAAAACAAAGAAAAAGAGGAAGAAAGACGACAAGGUAAGGAAGAGAGAGCGGAAGAGGUCCGAGCAGGAGGGAGGAGAUACUGAAAAAAGAGAAGAACCCAAGUCAGGGACACCAGACUACCCGUCGUACCCACCCCUGAGACGAGAGUCUUUUCGGAAAAAGAGUGAAAGCUCAAUCAGAAGCUAUGGAUGGAACAUCCCAGGUGAAGAGGAGAGGAAGGAAAGAGAAGAGAAAGAGAGGGAUGAUGGGGAAGGCGGCAGAGGGAAAGAAAGACACCCCAGGCGAAGGAACAGCAAGCAUUAUCAAAGCUCUAGCAGUAAGCCUUCUUCAUCUGUCAAGUUCUGGGGAGGGGGAAACCCAUCCUCCGACACCAUUCCAUCUGCCUUUCUACCCUUGUUGCCUGUCGCCUCUAAAAGGAGGAAGAGUAAAAGUUCAGACAGGGAUGCUGUAGGUAUGGAGGGAGAGAAGAGGCCAUUGCUGGGACGGAAUGGAAGAGGUGAGAUGCACUCCAAGGAGGGGUUGUCCUUCCAUGAGUGGGAGUCCGAGGUAGAGCGUGAAGAAGAAGAUUCUGAGCUUGAGCGGAGGAAAGCAGAGCAUGGAAAGAGGCGUGGAGGAGGAAGGACAAUGUCUGAUGAGGAGCGGGAACGUGAUAAGGUGGUCGGGAUAUAUUCUGAUGAUGAUGGUUCUUCAGGAGAGUUUGGGAAGUUUGAGAGGUACUGGGAGGAUCAUGAAGGCAGGGCAGUUGGAGGGAUCGGAGGGGGAGGCUGGUUUUUCAGCACCUACCCCUCCAGGGAUAAAGCCGGCAGCAUCAACAGUAGAGAUGAUCUGUUCCUGGAGCGAGGAGAGAGAUGGGGGACAGCAGAAAGUGGAUGGGGAUCUAGUGGAGGUGGUGGUGGUGGAGGAAGAGGAGAAGGAGGAGAUAGAGGGUGGGGAUCAGGAUCACACUGGCCCCCGCCUCCUCUCACACCACCACCUCCUCGACGAUACUGGUCAGUGGACAAACUCCACAUACAGGAUGAGAAGAAGAGUAAACGCAAGUCAAAGGACAAGGGAAGAGGGCACGCGGCUUGUUCCACCUGUCAGUCCCCACGACACCAUCCACACUCCCACUCCACCAAAUGGGCCCGCAUAACAUCGCGAAGCCAGGAAGAGCUGUACGAACACUGCCAGAGUUUUGGUGGUCCCCUCAAGCCCAAACAUGACUCCUCAUCUUCCUCCAAACCUGAUCGCUCACAAAACCCAUCCAAAUCUGGCAGCCAGUCAAACCUCAGUAUCCAGCAGCGGACACAGAGAACAGAUAGGGAUCGAGAUCGAGGACGGCAAUCAUCCCCACCUCCGACCCUCAUACCUAAUUUGCCACCCUCGCUUCCCGCCCUUCCAGCUCCUCCGUCCUCAUCUCAUCCUAUCCACGUUCCUCCCCCUACCUCUUCCUCUUCUGUAUCCUCUCCCUCUGUGGUCUCAUCCACCCCAGGGGCACCCCAGCCCUCCUCCAUGGCUUCGGCAAGUGCUAAACUACAGUACCAGAGAUUGCGCUCUGUACCUCAGCCCCAGAGGUUCCCUCAGUCUCCUCACUUACCCCUCAAAGCCAAGAGCCUUUGCUCGCGAAGGGGCUCAGCCCAUUUCUCCAGUGUGGAGAGUGAGGUCUGAAGUUCAAAAAGGUAUCAAAAGUCAUAAGCGAGCCCUGCAAGGCUGACGCUAAGCAGGUGAUCUGGAUCUGAAUCUGCCUGGCAGCAUACAUGGCUGCGCAGCCAAGUCAGUACAGUAUACGCACUGAGCCCUUUCCUAAAGUUCUGCACAAACAAACCAGAAAGCCAAACAAACCCAAUGAGGUUGGUCAAAGGAAAACAGGAGCAAUCUUGUGCUUACUGUUGUUUCCUUUCAUUCCUCUCAGUAUGUGAAAGACUACAACCACAGCAACAACUUGCAUUCUGAACUGGGUUAACCAAUACACUUAAGCAAAUCAGACAUUAAAAGUGGUACAGCUGAAGGAGACUCCUUUGCUUUAGACAGUAAAGGGCUUUGGAUGUUGAAGCAGAGCAGUAGUUUGUAUUCAGAUGAUUCUUAAUGCUUACUGAGGGCUCAGGAACUUUGUAGUACUGUAUGCCUGCUGCUCUCGGAAGCCUUUAACACAGAACAGUGUUCUUAUUCUUUUCCCUUAAACAAAUUGCUUACCCCUACUUUCCUUUUUCCUUAACAAACUGUUUACACCCCCGCAGAACUGUGACGCCCUCUCGAGGCACGUUUGUUGUGUAUGAUCAAUACCUUCUUGAUUAGAGGGAGAGGAGGGUGAUAACCACCUUGUCUUCUCUGUGUUAUCCAUGCAUCCUCUCUGGUUCUCUUCUCUUUUGUUCUCUCCUAUUUAUCUCCUGUUUUCUCUCUUCUCACCCGCUCUACCACCUUAUUUUCUCUUUUCUUUCUUUGCUUUACCUCCUUUCCCUCCUUAUUCACAUGUCUAUCUUCUCCUCAUCUCCCUUGUCAUCUCCUCUCCUGUCCUCCCCUCUUGGCUCCUCUCCUUGAUGUGAUUAUUCUGUGUGUCUGUGCUUUUCUGUGUUUGUAUUCUUGACAACAGGGUAAGUCAACUGUGACUGAUAUUCUACUGGCUUAAUGAAAAGCUGAGUGCCAAACUUAAGUAGAGCUCGACAUCAAUCUGUACAACGUUAGCUGCUGUGUUUCCUUUUAUCUUGCAGAGUAUUCCAUCAUCUCCCAAAUACGCGCACAUGCAAAUACACACUCACAGACACAUAAAGGGCACAUUAACACCUGCAUACAGUCAAUUCAUCUGUUCUCUUUCUUGAGCAAUACAUUGUUCAAUCUCUCUUCAUGUUACAAUUUUAUACUUUGAAACCUUUACUUUACUUCUGUGUUGUAGUUGUUGUUAUUGAUGGUGUUCUAUAUAUCAAAACAUGUAUUAAGUCUAAUACAAUGUAAACACUGUGCCAUACUACUCAAGCUGCACAUGAAACAUUCUCUCAACUACCUAACUACGACGAUGGAGGCAGUGUCUAUUCUCUCCCUGUUUUUGACUGAAUGUAAAGUCAGCCACCAACAAGUGUGCUGCAACAACAAUUAAGACACUUGGAGAUGGAAAUUGUAGCAUUUCUGAUGGUUAGAAUGUGUGACUAAGUUUAGAGACGUGAAGAGAGUUGACUUCAGGUCGUUGUUGAUGUAGCUUGACGUAAGCAACAGUACGCUAGUCUUUGCAUAAGGAUUAGACCUGCAAUGAGUUGAACAUUUUUUUUGGUUUGUUUGUUUCUUCUUGCAAGUGGUCCAAUUGGUGCCGAGACGAGAAUGCAGCAAACAUUUGCAAAACAAAACGAAUCGACCCAGGUUUGCGUGCCGUCAAGCAGGAGAUAUGCGUCUAACAUGCUAGGUGGAGCUACAUGUUUGUUAGACAAGGUGAAAGAUUGUUGCAGGGAAAUAAAUACGUAUAGCCUUAUGCUAAUUGCUCCUGCCAUAUGUUUGUGUUAAGUAUGAGUAUGAAGGUAUGUAUUUUGAUCAACAUGGCUGGGGUUAGCCCCAUGCUACCAAGACAGUAUGAUCGGACGGAGAGGAUCUUGACGUGAUGUGUUAUAUCUAGUGCGAGUGCCGUUUUGAUGUCAAAGAGACUGUGCCUAUGUUGGAUGCUAGCUAGCGGAUGAGACAGUUUUGAGGAAGUGCUGGAUCCGGGGCGAGGGUGUAUGAAAGACACAGUAGCACCUCCUGUGCAAUCCUGUUUUUUAAAAAGGUAUUUCUCACCUUGUAAAUGUGUAACCAAGAGCUAUAGCUUUUUAAUCCAUGACUAAGCUGACACCAGCACUUACACUCAGAUGUCAAGCAAUUAGCUAGAGUAGCUAGUUAUAUCCAUCGACAUUAGCAUUUAGAGUCAGGACACUGGACAUCAGUAGAGUUUUAGAGAAGAGGCGAGAGCCGUUGGCACAACACCGUUUGUGUUUUUCAGUCGGUAAUAAUGCCUGAGCCAUCUUUCCCAUAACAGUCUGGUGAGCGCUUGUUGUUUGCCUGGAACUGCAUCUGAGCCAUAAUUUACUUCAGCUGAAGAAAACAAAAAGAGAACUUACGUUUUUAACAUUAACUUGUUGUGUAGAAUUUGUUUGCCUUUCUUUAAGAAAAAAAUCUAUCUAUAUAUAUAUAUAUAUAUAUCAUAUAUAUAUAUUUGUGGCGGUGGGUAGCGUUAGAGAAAAUUGUUGUUUAGCAUCUUGAUAUUUGGGGAUAUUGUUUUUCAUUCUGAGUCCAUUAUAAUAAUAAUAUAAAUAUUAUGUGUUAAAGCACUUAUUCCCUCAUGUUCACUGACAGCAGGAAAAUUACUUUGUUCAAAUUAUGGAUUCACUUUCUUUAGAAAAGAUUGACUAUAUUAAGCCAAGUUGGAGGCAGUUCAGUGCUGUGCUUAUCAGCAAUAACAGCUCAUACAACUUUCAAUUCAAACCAGGAAAAGCGUGGAGCAAGAGUGACAUGUUUCUGUGCAUUCACACCGCAAGCAACUCAAGUCUUGCCCAAAUACAAUCUAUACGACCUAUUUUACUUUUGCCAUUGAAAACUUGGCUGCGGUUACAUCAUUUGGGCUCAUUUGUCUUGCUUUGAGUCAAACCUGUUGCUGAAACACUACCGCAUCCGUGAGCUAUCAUAAACAGGUAGAUUAGUGCAGCACAGCAGCUGCUAGCGGUGUGAACACAAAGCUUGGUUGUUUCAUGAGAGAAAUGAGCCACCGAUCUUUUCUUCUCUCCCUUCGCCUCUUUUUCCUCAUGUCUAUCCAUUGUGUUGGUGCGUGUCUGCUAUUGUAAAGCUGGUCUGUUUUUAAAAAAGAAGAGUAUUUGUGGAUAUAUUUAUUUCAUCUAAAAAAAAUAGCAUAUCUAAAUAUAUAUGAUAGUAUAUUUCAAGGCGCUAAGAUCUAUGUUAUAUAAGUUUGUCUACUAAAUUUUCGGUAUUAUCUCAAUGAAUAUGUCUUUUUUGUCUGUUUGUCCGUCUCUCCUUGUCUCGAACCUCCUGCCCAGCUCCCUAACCCCCAGCGAAAACAGAGACCAGUAUGUAACUGUGUUUUUGCUCACUUAAGACCAACCAUCCGCCUCCAUUAGCUAUCUAUUGUAGCUAACGCUAAGAUUUCAACAAAGUGACAACAUGGAGGGGUGUGCGAGUGUCUUAUGACCACGUCACUGUAGCAGUGGCGGCGUGUGUUUGUCUACCCAGAGGGGCCUUUAUUUUUGGUUUGGGCUACAGAUUAACGACUAAUUAAACCUUUUACGGAUACAGCAGCAACUCUCACUUGUGUAGGGGUCACAUUCUCGACCCUGUUUCAGGUUCACAUCGGACCCUGGAGUUUAUACCGCAGUGUAGAGUAAGGUGACCUCUUUGAAACACAAUGUAGCGAGCAGCACAGGCUUUUUUUGCAUCUUUUAGUAGCUGUAUUACUAUACAAAAACAUGCACAGCUACCCCUGCCAACCAACUUAUACGGUAUAUAUAAGGACUUUGAUAUACGUACAUAGUGUGUUGUAUCUGCCAAGCUGCUGUGCUGUAAAACAAAAGAGAAAAGAAUAUAAUUAUACACAACAAACACACUGUUUCUUUCUUAAUUUUACAAAACUGGUAAAGCUAACAUGUCAGGGGCAGGGCUAAAUCUGCUUGCUAGUGUGGUUUCCACCAAGGCCAAAAAUGGGCUUUCUUUUGAUAAUCAUCUUUUCAAACAAAAAAAAAGUUAGUAUCAACACUUUUUGCCAGCAUGAAGGGAUUCCUAAAUGGACAACAAUGAUCCUGCGCACACCGUUGAGUAGAACAUGGAAACAACACUGCCUGAGAAAGGAGAUCCACCCUCCUGGCCUACUUGCACUUUUUACGUGCUCAUGAUACGUUAAUGUAAUUCAGUAUGGUCGAAGAUCAAUUUUCAACACUGCGUUAAGAAAUAUAUGAAGCAUUUAUUGGCCCUGAGCCCUGGCAAGCCCAAUUUUAGCCUCCAGUGGAAACACAUUCACAGUUUCUGCCUGUACACCUCUGAACAAUGUCUCAAGGCCUUGUAUUAAUACUGCUGUAUUGACUGACUGUACGAUCUGUUGGCCAGUUGUGCUACACUUUAUUGUCAGCACCUCACAAACACACACGGAGACCUACACACACUGACAGAUGCACAUGAUUAUACACACACACACACACACACACACAGACACACAGAUAAGGGGGUGAGAUGCUGCGCCAACUCUGCUUCAGCUACAUCUACCACCAGUGAGGACAAUGACAAUACUGUGCUGUACUGCAAGCAGGACAGAAAUAAAAAGAGGAUUUUAAUAAAGAACUGAAACAAA